AUGGAUAAAGAGGGUGUGAACAAAGAGACAGAGGGAAAGAGAGAAAAAGAGAGAAAGAGAGGAGGCGAGAAGAACACAGUUGGGGCCCCCGCUGUAAACGCCCUGACGGAAUUGGCGUCACCUAAAGAGGGUUUACGUGAUAUUAGUGACUUAAAAGUCCUAGGUAGAUGGAUUAAUCGACAAUGCGGAGUAACGACCAUGUGA